AUGGCGUCAUUUUCCAGUCUUCGGUACUUGGGACGGAUGGAUCCCAAAUCUCUAGGUCCAGUGUGGACUGUCAUCUUCUACGGCGUCCCCACGGUCAACGUUGCCAUCCAUCUCGCCUGGCUGCUUGUCCUUCACCCUGCAUUUGCCUCAUUAUGGCUUCCAUUCAACCGUAGACGCCUAUCCGACUUUUUACACAAAAACUUCAUGCUUAGACCAUACAACCUCCACCCACUUACCCUUAUCACAUCCGCUUUCAGUCACAUUCAGCCGUUGCAUCUGUUCGUCAACCUGUCUACAUACAACACAUACGCCGAGAACCUCUACAUGCUGGGAAUAUCGCCUCUUAGAUUCGCCAUUCUCGCACUAGGAAGCGGCAUUGCGGCCAGCAUGACCUACGUCCUCAACGCACGCCGUCCACGUACGAGGAAAAGCAACUCGGGGAGCACGGCUGUCGGGGCAAGCGGCAUUCUGACUGGCCUUGGAACGGCGCUGGCUGUUAUGUUUCCCACGAUGAAAGUCCGUCUUUCUGGAACAGAAGUGGUGCUGCCCCUACGCACCGUCCUUGUGGGUAUGUUUGCCUUGGACGCCAUCUGCCUCGGCAUCGAGAGUGAAACUGGCGUGGGACAUGCUGGACAUCUAGGUGGCGCGCUCUUUGGUUUAGCAUACGCUAUGGUGAGGAAGUCUAUGAGGUGUUGGAACCCAUGA